AUUGGAAAUUUUGAACAUCACAUAGUUCGAGCCGCAUGCCGGCUAACUCUCACUCAUUCAAAACCAGGACCAUAUUAAGCUUGGGGCAGAUAUUCAUACCAUAAUACGAAGCCUUCAAACUCCACAGCGCUCUGGGCUUUUGUGCGAGAUUCGCUCCCCUCUGUUCUACAAUGGCCGUGACCUUGAAGCAAUUCCAAGCCAUUGUUCAGUAUCGCAAUGCAUACCUUCUUACAUUCUCGGCGGCAACAGGAUUCGUCUGCUUUGGUUGGGACGUAAGUUUACUGGGUGGUAUUCUUGCGUUACCGUCAUUCCAAAAGUAUUUCGGUUUGCUCUCGGAAUCAGCCUCUGCACGCGCUAGCUUGAGCGGGAAUAUUGUUUCAGUCCUGCAAGCAGGAGGUUUCGUUGGGGCAUUAUCUUCGAGCUACUUUUCAAGUCGAUUUGGGCGCAAGCCUAGCUUGUUAGCUUCCGCGGUCAUCUUCCUCAUUGGAAGUAUUAUUCAGUCGACAAUCGGAAUCGGAAUGUCCCCGCACGUUGCGUUGAAAGUCUUGUACUUCUCCCGUUUCUUCACUGGCAUCGGAGUUGGUUUGUUAUCAGCUGUGGUGCCAACGUACAUAUCCGAGUGUGCUCCGAGAGUCAUACGCGGUCGAUGCACUGGCGCCAUCCCAGUCGGAAUCUCGAUUGGAAAUAUGCUGGCUUAUUGGGUCAACUACAGCGUCUCUCGCAAUAUCUCACCAGGACAAAUGCAGUGGCGGUUGCCCAUCAUCGUCCAGCUUAUACCUGGAGCACUCUUCCUGUUUUCUAUGCUUUUCCAACCCGAAUCUCCCCGUUGGCUUGUGGAACGCGGCCGCUACGAGGAAGCAGCUGCAGCACUCGCAUAUAUCGCGAGAAAGGAUCAGGGUGAUGAUGCCGUCGUGCUGACUCUCAGCGAGAUUCAUGCCAAUCUCGUCGGGAGGGACAAUCGUUCCGUGCUCACACAAAUCCGUCUGAUGGGAGAAUCAAAAACCACAGCCAUACGCUGCAUUAUCCCCUUCAUCGUUAUCACAUUUCAGAAUUGGUCUGGCGCAAAUGCGAUCAAUUACUACACCCCUCAAAUCUUUGCGAGCAUCGGUUUAUCCAGUACUUCACUGACGCUACUUGCGACCGGCUUAUAUGGUGUUGUCAAACUCGUCAUGGCAUGCAUAGGCUUUAGCUACACCAUUGAAACCUGGGGUCGGAAGAGGACCAUGGUCUAUGGCGGCCUAGGGCAGGGGUUAAUGAUGUUUUGGAUCGGUGGGUAUGCUGGUCUCCACCACAAUAGGGGCAUUGUGCCAGCAACGUAUGUUUCUAUUGUCGCCGUAUAUCUUUAUGCCGUCGCCUAUUGUGUCGGCUGGGGAUUCACUCCCCACGUCCUCGGCGCUGAAGUCGCCCCGGGACAUCUACGUCCAGUCGUUAUGUCCAUCGGAUCCGGAAUCGAUUGGCUUUUGACAUAUGCCACCACCCAGCUCACACCCACCAUGCUCGAACGCAUGACCUACCGAACCUAUCUUAUGUUUGGUGCAUUUUCUUUCAUAAUGGUAUUGUGGGUCUAUUUCUUCCUACCCGAGACGACUGGGUACCCGCUGGAAGAUAUCAAAUAUUUGUUCGAGAAGGAUAUCAUUAUUCGCUCUCUUGAAGAUGCGCCUGGGGGGCGGAUCUUCCUUGGGACGCGCCGCGCCGCCACUGUGCACGAGCUGAAAGCCAUGGAUGCACUUUCGGCAAAUAGUUCCAAGGAGGUUUUGAAGGACUUCGAGAAGCACUCGGACGACGCGCGGGAUCAUUCGCCGAGAAGUUCGCAGAAGCGGGAUGGCGACAUCAUUAUAUGAGAGCUCCAGCGCAUUUUAUGGGGAUUACGUGAAUGGAUUUCUAUAUUU